CGCUCGCCCCAUGGCUUUGCUUUUCGUCUGCACAUGCGUGUUGUGUAGACGGAGCGGAGACCAUUUCAUCCAGCUCCAGCAGCAGCAGCAGGCCUCGCACACGCAAACAUUACACACACAGACACACCAAGCACGGACGACCGUCACAAGAAAGACACGUUUUGGGAUACUCGUUACGCGUUUAAACCUGGAUGCUCCCUGAUCUUAGGAGUCCUCCUCAUGGGCCUUCAUCGCUAAUCUGCAGCAACAUCUGGUCGACAGUAAAGAGAGAUCUUGUGGCUCUGAUGGUACUAGCUGAACAGUGACCGCUUCCUGCCUGAGGACACCUGCUGCCUACUCCCCUUCACCAUGUCUGGGAUGCAUGCACCAUGGUCGACUGGCACAGAGUGUGUAGCCAAGUACAACUUCCAGACUGCCAACGAACAGGACCUGCCUUUCUGUAAAGGAGACGUACUCACCAUAAUCGGAGUCACCAGGGAUCCAAACUGGUACAGAGCGAGGAACACGGUGGGCAGAGAGGGGACCAUCCCGGCAAACUAUGUCCAGAAAAGGGAAGGAGUCAAAUCAGGAGGGAAACUCAGUCUUAUGCCAUGGUUUCAUGGGAAGAUAACUCGGGAGCAGGCCGAGCGCCUCCUCUAUCCUCCAGAGACGGGUUUGUUCCUAGUGAGAGAAAGCACCAACUACCCCGGAGAUUACACCCUGUGCGUCAGCUGCGACGGCAAGGUGGAGCACUACCGCAUCAUCUACCACAACGGCAAGCUCACCAUUGACGAGGAGGAGUACUUUGAGAACCUCAUGCAGCUGGUUGAGCAUUACACCAAAGACGCUGAUGGCCUUUGCACCAGGCUGAUUAAACCCAAGUUGAUGGAGGGAACAGUGGCAGCGCAGGACGAGUUCUCCAGGAGUGGCUGGGCCUUGAACAGAAAAGAGCUGAAACUCCUGCAGACCAUUGGUAAAGGGGAGUUUGGAGAUGUGAUGGUGGGAGACUACAGAGGAACCAAGGUGGCGGUCAAGUGUAUCAAAAAUGACGCAACAGCACAGGCCUUCAUCGCCGAGGCCUCUGUCAUGACGCAACUGAGGCACAACAACCUGGUGCAGUUGUUAGGGGUUAUAGUGGAAGAGCGAGGCAGUCUCUACAUCGUCACAGAGUACAUGGCUAAGGGCAGCCUGGUGGACUACCUGCGCUCUCGGGGGCGGACCGUGCUCGGCGGAGACUGCUUACUCAAGUUCUCUCUUGAUGUGUGUGAGGCCAUGGAGUACUUGGAGGCAAACAACUUUGUUCACAGAGACCUGGCAGCUCGUAACGUGCUGGUGUCUGACGACAACAUUGCAAAGGUCAGCGACUUUGGCCUCACUAAGGAGGCCUCCUCCAUACAGGACACUGCCAAGCUGCCCGUCAAGUGGACCUCCCCUGAAGCACUAAGAGAGAAGAGGUUUUCCACCAAGUCAGACGUCUGGAGUUAUGGGAUCCUUCUUUGGGAGAUUUAUUCCUUUGGGCGCGUGCCUUACCCUAGAAUUCCGUUAAAAGAGGUUGUGCCCCGGGUAGAGAAGGGAUAUAAGAUGGACGCCCCUGACGGCUGCCCACCCGUGGUUUAUGACCUGAUGAAGCAGUGCUGGACCCUGGACGCCGUGGUGCGGCCCUCCUUCCGCAUGCUGAGGGAGAAGCUGCAGCAUAUCAGAGCCAAGGAACUCUACCUGUGAAGAGGAGAGGCCAGCGGGGGGUGAGAGGGGGGAGAGGAAGGGGGCGACACACAGCCCAGCACAGCUGUAAAGCAGGAGGAGGAGAGGUAGAUGAGACGUGGGACCACAGCAGCUUCCUCCUGCCUGGGACUGCCAAACUGUGCCCCCUCCCCUGACCUCAGACCUCCCCCAGUCUCCAUCUGCUUCCAUAUAAGGACUGUUUCCUGUUUGUGUUGUAAAGCUUUUGCCAGACAGUUUCCUCUUCUCUCGACGGGCCACUGCUCCUUCCUUCUCUUAAACCUGCCUCUCUCUCCUGCUCUCUCUCUCUUCUCUUGGUCCAAGUUCCCUUUUCGUUCUGUUUUUCCUCCCCUCCUCCUCUCCUGAACAUGGCAUUAACUGGAGGGGAGGCUGGCCUUUUCCUCCACGAUUGUCAGGUGCUCUUUCUUCAUCUCCCCUCCAUCAUUCCUGGAUCUCUGCAUGAAUCCAGCACUCUGUCAUUCCAUCCUAAUUGUCCCUCCCUCCCCUGUGCGUGGUGUCAGGUGUGGGGCCUUCGCUCUGUGCCAAAGUGCCUCCAGUCUACAGAGCUCCAGACUUCCCUCCAGCAUUUCUUUCAACUGGACUGUUGUUUCAUUUUUUAACUACCUUUUUUAAGAGAUCUUUUUUUAUUGCUUUCUUUAUUUUCAGGGAACUGUUUUUUUUAGUGCCGUCUCCCCCACCUCUGCCAUCACACCAACAGACUUUGUUUUUGCCAAGUGUCCAUGAACAGGAAGAGGAUAUGGGGGCCAGUAUCAUGUUCAUCCCGGAGAGGUGGUGUGUGUGGGGGAUGCAGGACUCUAAUAAGAGGAGAAGAGGGAGAAGCAGUUCACAAACAUGGUUGAUUCAUCAUACGUGAGCUUGUUUUUUAUAUCAAAAUAUAUUUAAAGGAUUUUAAAAAAAGAACAAGGAAAACAAACUGACUGAUGAGGAGGAUUUAAAAAAGGAGGACUUUCAGGAGCCAGGGGCAUCUUGGCGUUAGGAAUGUUCAGUGUCUCUGUGAACACUGGGGUCGGGUGGUGCAUGCUGUGUGUGAGAGGCCUUGGGUUCAACUGUCAGUGCUUUCAAUGUUCAUUGUUUUAUUAUGCUAUCAUGAUUAUGAAUAAAUCAUUCCAUCUGA